UGUAAAUAUUGUGGGAAAGCUUUUAAAUUUUCCAAAUCAGUUCUGAAUCAUGAAAGGAUUCAUAUGAGAGAAAAACCUUAUCAGUGUAAGGAAUGUGGGAAAUCCUUCAGAAGUUGUAGUUCUUUUCAAGUCCAUGAAAGGAUUCACACUGGAGAGAAACCAUAUAAAUGUAAACAAUGUGGGAAGGCUUUCAGAGAUGUGAGAUAUGUACGAGUGCAUGAAAGGAUUCACACUGGAGAGAAACCUUAUGAGUGUAAGGAAUGUGGAAAAGGCUUCAGAACUUCUAGUUCUUUUCAUAUCCAUGAAUGGAUUCACACUGGAAAGAAACCCUAUGAAUGUAAGCAGUGUGGGAAAGCCUACAACAAUUCUUGGUAUUUUCAUGUCCAUGAAAAGACUCAUACUGGAGAGAAACCUUAUGAAUGUAAAGAAUGUGGAAAAACCUUUAGCAAUUGUAGUUCUCUUCGGUUGCACAAAAGGACUCAUACUGGAGAAAAGCCUUAUCAGUGUAAGGAAUAUGGGAAAUCCUUCAGAAGUUCUCGUUCUAUUCUCUUUCAUAUCCAUGAAAGGACUCACACUGGAGAGAAACCAUAUAAAUGUAAGCACUGUGGAAAAGCCUUCAAGGAUGUGAAAUAUCUUCGAGUGCAUGAAAGGAUUCACACUGGAGAGAAACCCUAUGAAUGUAAGGAAUGUGGGAAAGCCUUCAUCGAUUUUAGUCCUCUUCAGUUGCAUAAAAGGACUCACACUGGAGAGAAACCUUAUCAAUGUAAGGAAUGUGGGAAAUCCUUCGGAAGGUCUAGUUCCUUUUGAAUCCAUGAAAGGACUCACACUGGAGAGAAACCAUACAAAUGUAAGCAAUGUGGGAAAGGCUUUGUUGCUUCUUCUUCUUGUCGAAUCCAUGAAAGGACUCACAGCGAAGAAAAACCCUAUGAAUGUAAGCGGUGAGGGAAAGCCUUUCGCAAUUGUAAUUCUUUACGAUUGCAUGAAAGGAUGCACACUGGAGAAAAACCCUACCAGUGUAAGGAAUGUGGGAAAGCCUUCAGAAGUUCUAGUUCUUUUCGAAUCCAUGAAAGGACUCACACUGGAGAGAAACCCUAUGAAUGUAAGCAGUGUGGGAAAGCUUAUAGCAGUUCUUGGUCUUUCCGUGUCCACGAAAAGACACACACUGGGGAAAAACCCUAUGACUGUAAUGAAUGUGGGAAAGCCUUCAAGGAUUCUUGGUCUUUUCAAGUUCACCAAAGAAUUCACACUGGAGAUAAACCAUAUGAGUGUAAACAAUGUGGGAAAGCCUUUUGCAAUUUUAGUUCUUUACGAUUGCAUGAGAGGACACACACUGGAGAGAAACCUUAG